AUGAAAAUAGCGUUGUGCAAUAAACUUACUUGGCUGGGAGAUUCUCGCGAUCAAGAAGGCGGGAUCUUCAUGGCGAGGCUUUGCCAUUGCACUUUGGGCACGGCUGACCCGUGUGGUAACCCAGAGAGUGGGUUAGCCAACAGCAAAAUUUUUGCGUUUGGGGAUGCGAAGUUCGCUGUCCCUGACCCACUGGAUAGCGCAGAUGACGAUGCGUGCUUGUACCAAAGCUUACGCAGAAGUUCAGAUUCUGCAUAUCUGAAACCCAACCGAAACUGUAAAGUAAUAUGGGAUAGCGAUUCCUUAAUUCUAGCCAAACCAUUCCAGAGGAAAAUUCCAUAUCACCCUGCGACUCAGCGCAUAAAACACGUUAAAUUGUAA